CCGAGGGUCCGAUGACGUAAAGGCGGGUGAGCAAGCAGGCGGGCUGAGCAGCGGCUUCCUCCGGAGGCUUGUUUACGCUUCGAGGUCCUUUUCCCGCGCAGGAGGGCACGACUAGCUUAAACGUUGGUGAUAACAGUUCCGCCAACCCGGAGCUACGCGCGCCUGGGCCGCUCGUUGCACGGGCUAGCGUAGUGGGAAAGGGAUGCCGAAGCGCUCCUGCCCGUUCGCGGACUCCUCCCCCGUGCAGCUGAAGACGCGCGUGCGGCUGAGGGAGCUGAGCCAGGGCGUCAUGGGCGAGCGGUACCGGCGCGAGAUCUUCGAGAAAACCAAACAACUGCUCUUCAAAGGUGCUCAAACAUACAUGAACAAUGCCUGCAAUGGAAGUGCAAUGAGAACAUAUCUAAUUGCACAGUAUCCGGAACCACUUAUAGACAGAUCAGAAAUUUGUUCUUGGCACAGAUGUAAUGGACAAAUGUUAAUUGGACAGGAUGGAAAACUUCGACAGCCCUGUGCAAGCGAAAUGGCUUUUCCAGUAGGAGUGUCAAAGGCCUGUUCCUCCUGUAUAAGAACAGUUGACAUCAAAGACGUUUGCACACAGUGUGAUCAAUACAUAUGCCAGAACUGCAGCAAACUCUGCAGCUGUUGCCGUACCAUUGUUUGUUCCUUAUGCUCAGUUAUAGAAUCAGAAGAUAUUGGAGAUCAAAUCUUUUGCAGUGGCUGCUCAGUGUACAAAGAAUAAACAGCUGUUUUUAGAGACUGGUUAUCACUAGAUGCUGUAAAGAAAUUAUUGCUUUUAAAUAAUUGGGUUGUUUGAGAUAUUGGAGUGCCUUUUUCUAAAUAUUGUAUAUUUCUGUAACCGUAGUUUAAUGUAAUAAAUAUUUUAUAUUUGAUAAGUCCUGAUUUUUGUGUGGCUUGAUAAAAUGUGAAUCUUAUAUCCCUUGUAGAGGAUAUGGAACGGAUUCUUAGUAUCCACACACAAACCCUCAGAUUUGCUUUGUAGAGCUUGGAGAUCCAGUAGAGUAUAUUUGUUGCAUCUGCAGGGGAUUAGGGGUUGGAGAGUGAACAAAUGUCUUAGUGAGUAAGCAGGUUGUGCUUACUUGAACAUACUUGAAUAUAUUGUUUUUGCAGUAUCUAAUAAAGUAAGACUAUUUAUAGAUUUGGUUUCUAAUUGCUAAUAGUUCUUGGUUUACCUGUAAUCUGCUAAUUCAUCUU